AUGACCUUUUCGAGCCCAGCUUCGCAACCGCACUUGCAGAUAUUCAACCAUCUUCGAACAUCUCGGAAUGAAAACUCGACGUUUCCCAGAUUCCCUUUGCUGCCGCCAGAAAUCCGCAGUGAGAUAUGGUGUCACGCGUUGAAGCAAGAGCGUCUGAUUAAGAUUUAUUUCCAGAGAGAUCAUCAUUUCACGCCAGUGCGACCCAAACCAGAUGGCGAGACACCGCGGUAUCAGCUUAUGGUUGAUGGACGGAAAGCCCUGAGUAAGUUGCUAAGGGUAAAUCAAGAAUCACGACAGACUGCGGUGCGGUUUUACCGGGUAAAAAUCCCAUGUAAGCUCAGCCUUAAUCCAGAGGAUGAGUACGUCUACGAGGCGAUUGGACAUCCGGUAGAAGCAAAACCGGGGGUUUUAUACUUCAAUCCAGAAUACGAUUUCCUAGAGAUUGCAUCCGAGCAAUGGAGAGGGGACGAUCUAUUUGACCUGGCAUAUCACCUGAAAGCGACCUACGAUCCCUUGCAUAUCGGGCUACUUAAUCUAGCUAUUGGUGGGGGGAAUAGUCUGUCAACGACCGACCUUGAGCAAAUCGAUCCUGUGGAUGUCAAUGCUCAGAUUCAGCAAGUCUUUAGAGAGACCCUUGCGCAGCUACGAGAAGUCUUUUUCAUCAUCAGAACGAGAGCAGGGCGUCGUAUCUUGGGAUUGGCAAGCGGUAUCCCAGUGGCCGAUUCCCAAAAAUGCAUCUUUAAUCGAUCGUUGCCUAUUGCCACAGUGACACCACGAUUUGAGCGCUUACAACGCGACCCUCGCUCGAUUUCAAAAGACCUGAAACAAACGCAUAUCGGAUGUGGACCGAUGCGAAUGGCUUUUUACUGGCAAUGCCUGUUAGACAGAUGGGGUGUUUCUGGCCCCCAGAUAACUUACCAGUUUAUCCUGGCCUUCGAACCACCUUUUCUGAGCCACGAGAUCAAGGACAGCGAUAGUGCCAGUCAAUGGCUGCAAAUGGAAGAGGACGAUUGGACUGGGAAAUGGAGGCUCGAUGACGAGGUCAAGAAUGGAUACUGGGCCAAACGCAGCAAGAGCUAUGGCGGUGGCAUUUACUAUGACAUGGUGGGCGCCUUGGAGGGGGAGAAUAAAUCAGAGGAUUUGGAAAACGCUGUAAAGCCCGUGUUUGGCUUUUGGAUCUUUCCACUCCCGCUAUUCGGGAAGAUUCCAUCUUCUAAGAAGGAGUGCUACGAGGUGGACGGUAAACAGACUUUGGAUCUGUCUGAUAAUUGCCCUGGCCUCGGCAUCUCAUUGUUUUAG